UCAGUUAUCCGGGAAACAUCUUCGAAAUAUGGCGGAUCCAGAGGGUUCAGAGGCAAGCAAGUUUACUUUUGCAGCUAGCAACGACAAAGACAGCAAAGCACUUGGUUUUGUUUUGGAAGAUCCCAAUACAAUAAAACACGAGAAUGAUGGUGGCCCAAAAUCAUACUGGAUGGCGUUAUUUUUGUCGAUUUGUCUUGGAGUAUUCGGCUUUGAUUGGGUGUAUUUGAGUUGUGGAAAUACGAGGUAUUUUAUGUUUGGAUUGAUGAAGUUCUUGACUGCUGGUGGAGCUGGAAUAUGGUGGAUAGUUGAUAUUGUCAGGAUUGCUACGAGAAAGUUCAAGGAUGGACGUGGAAGAGAACUUGUAUAGAAUCCUUCAAUCAGAACUUAAAUCAAUGUAUGGAUUAAUAUUAAGAUUGAGUUAACCUAGUUAGUAUCUGUAGGAAUUAUAUUUUGUCCAAUUUUCUAUCAAUAAACUGUCUCAUAAAAGCUUU